AUGUUCACACGGUGUGGAGUGGCCACUGGCAAGAAUCAGUACCUGACCAGAGACACUGUCAGGCCCCACCCGGGACUGGACGUGAACCGACCGAUCCAAAUGGAGAACGGGGUAACCUCAGGGACCUGCCCUGUCUACCAGAGUCAAACUUACAGCAGUGCUGGCCAGCCAGCAGCAUUGGUCAAUGUUUCCAGCCCACUGAAGCCAGCACCACUACCAGUCCCCCCCCCUGCACUCAAGCUAGGGCAGGAAGGUUUCAAGAAAGUCUGCAGAACUGAGGAGGACAGCCCCUGUCCCUUUCCAGGAUUGGCCUCUGGGGUGCUGGAGAUGCGCGUGAAGGAGGGAAGUAAGAUCCGCAACUUAAUGGGAUUUGCCAUGGCACGGAUGCAGGGAGAGAGGGGUGUAAGUGGGGGGGGUGUGAGUGGUGGUGGACUGAGGCAGGUGGUUUUCACUGGGUCAGGUCGUGCGGUCACAAAGACCAUCACCUGUAGUGAGAUCAUGAAACGAAAAGUGGGCUCUCUGCACCAGCUGACUAAAGUCCGGUACAAGGUGGUCAAAGAGGUGUGGGAGAGUACUGAAAGGGGGACAUCUGAGAUGACGGUGCACAGAACUGUGCCCUCCAUCAGCAUCCUUCUUUCCAAAGACCCCCUGGAUCCCCAGGAACCAGGUUAUCAACCUCCUGAGACUCUCAGUGCAUUGUGGGAGGAGAAAGAGGGUGUUGAAUCUGCCUCACAGACAGCAUGCAAGAGACCUCUUGGACCUUUGCCAUACAGCAGUUUCACUCACUGUAAGAGAGUGUGUUUGGGGGAAGGAGUCUCAGUCCUCCCUCCUCAAUGA